AUCACUGGAAUGGCAGAGCACAUGCCAUCCUUUGCUACAGGCGGUGCCCUCUGGUUCACGGACCUCACAACGCCCGACCCGCUGUAUCUGCUGCCACUCAUCUCCUCUGCUGGGAUACUGGCAGCUGUUGAGCUGAAUGCAGCAGAGGGCAUGGAGGGAGCGCCCAAUGCAGCUCAGAUGAAGUGGUUCAUGCGGGGACUUGCUGUGACCAUGGUGCCGCUUACUGUCACAUUCCCUAAGGCUGUGUUCUGCUACUGGAUCACCACCAACGCCUUCUCUCUUGUCCAAGGCCUUGCAUUUAAGCGGCCCGGGGUGCGGAAGGCUCUUGGAAUCCCCAUAAUUAAGCCUCCAUCGUCCACUUCGUCCCCUGAGAGCGCCUCUUUGGGGUUGCCUGUGACACAAAAGUCUGCUCUUCCGCCAAAAGCAGCUGUAACGACGAGAGGGAACACAAGGCGACCGCCAUCAAAACGGAGAACAAGGUGAUAUAGUCGAGUGAUUUUUGACACUGCACCUCUUUUGAAAAUGGUGGCAGUUUGUAGAGAUAGGCUAUUUUUUUUUUAUAGCUAUCUUUACAUGAGCCUAAUAUGCCGGAUAGCUGAUAGCGGCUCUCGCCAGCCCAUGUGACAUGUCACGAACACAAUGGGUAUCCGCUGCCACGUCACCACGAUGCGUUCGACAGAUCCGUGAGGCUGCCACCGUGGAUUUCCUUGCAGACACAGUGGAGAUGACAAGGCUGACCUUGAAAAAGGAGCGCGUUUAUAAUGAACAGCGAUUGCGAAG